CACCCGACCCGCUGGUACCAUUUCCGGAAGCAGAGGACUGACUAUGGCUGGGUGAGGGUCCGGGACUCUGCAACAUUCCGCGAAUAAUCACUCAUUACCUCGCCAUACCUGCGAUAUCUGACGUCUCCAACAGCAGGGGGCUAGAGAAACUUAGACCCUAACGGUCAAACCAACUACCGACGGAUCAGCUUCCUCCCUCGGAGUGGAAUAGCAUGUAAAAAGUUGGGUACACGGCGAGGUGAUCUGAGGUUGACCACUGGGGCAUGUUUUUGGUCAUGCCAGACUGCAGCCAGAGAUUACCACUACUACCAGAUCCAGGAAGGAGUGACCCACCACUGACUGGGGCAAGCUGCACCCAGCUUGUCCAAACAAGAGGAAAUGUCCCACACUACUAGACUCUGCCAUGUUGCUGAAAUCUGUCUGCUACUGUAGAACUUCCUUCCUCCAUGGCCACCACCACUGACUCAGCCCCCAUGGCAAACCAGGAAGUAGCAGUAGAGGACAUGCACCCCCUGCAGAUCCACCCGGGACCCCUGGUGCCCGAGGAGCCCUUCAUCGUCCUGCAGGUCGCCAAGGAGACCACCGCCACCGACGUCAUCAGUCAACUGGUGUCGCAGUACAACCUGGCGGGCGGGGCGGAGAAUUACGAGAUUGCGGAAGUGUGCUACACGGGGGGACAGAACUGCAAGGAGCGGCUGCUGCAGAGGGACGAGUGCCCCGCCCAAGUCCAGUUGAUCUGGCCGCGGAAGAUGCCGACCACGAGUAACAAGGACGCCGCCAUCUACAAGUUCUGUCUGCGCGAGACGCUCCACGCGUUCUACAGCCGCUGGUCGGUCUGUUCCAGCACGGACUCCAUGAACGCGCUGAUGGCGGAGUACUUCCGCCCGCCGUCCGACAAGGACUACCCGGACCUGUGCCGCCUCCCGGACCUGAACGAGCACACGCUCCUGGACAACCUGCAGGUCAGGUUCAACCAGGGCAAGAUCUACACCUACGUGGGCUCCAUCCUCAUCGCCAUCAACCCCUUCAAGUUCUUCCCCAUCUACAACCCCAAGUACGUCAACAUGUACCAGAACCACAGGCUGGGCGAGCUCGAGCCCCACAUCUUCGCCAUCGCGGACGCCUCGUACCACGCCAUGCUGGAGCACCGCGAGAACCAGUGCAUCGUGAUCUCGGGGGAGAGCGGGUCCGGGAAGACCGAGAGCACCAACUUCCUGCUCCACCACCUCACGGCACUGAGUUAUAAGGGCCACGCCAGCGGGAUCGAGCAGACCAUCCUAGGAGCCGGCCCAGUUCUGGAGGCCUUUGGGAAUGCCAAGACAGCCCACAAUGACAACUCCAGCAGGUUUGGGAAGUUCAUCCAGCUCAACUACAAGGAGAACGGCACCGUACAUGGGGCCACUGUGGAGAAGUAUCUACUGGAGAAGUCUAGGAUAGUGUCGCAAGCCUCCAACGAAAGAAAUUACCAUGUUUUCUACUACCUUCUUGCUGGUGCCAACCAAGCUCUUAAAGACAGUCUAAUCCUGCAAAAGCCAGAGGAGUUUUUCUACUUGAACCAGACCUGGGUACCCCAAGCAUGCAGCAAGCUGGAAAACAAGAGCAACUAUGAGGUGUCCGAAGGGGAAGACCGUGUGUUUGAGUUCAACAGACUGAGACAGUCCAUGGAGAUGGUGGGGUUUUACUCGGGCACUCAGAAAAGAAUAUUUGCAGUGCUGUCUGCAGUCUUGCACCUGGGAAAUAUAGUGUUUAAUAGAAUAUUCCGAGAUGGAGAAGAUGCAGUUCAAGUGAAAAAUCCAGAAGAGUUGAGAAUAGUGUCAAAGCUGUUGAAGGUUAAAGAAGAGACGUUACUGGAAGCACUGACGUCCAGGACUACGAUAGCUCGGAGAGAAAGGAUCAUCAUCUCACACAGACAGGCCGAGGCUGUUGCCACCAGGGAUGCCCUGGCUAAGUCACUUUAUAGUGGAUUGUUUGACUGGAUUGUGCUGCAGCUCAACCAUGCUCUUCUGCACAAGGAGGCCAAAGGACAUCAUCAGGGUAACUGGAUAGGGGUGCUGGACAUCUUUGGGUUCGAGGACUUUGGACAACAAAACAGUUUUGAGCAGUUCUGCAUCAACUUUGCCAACGAACAUCUGCAGUAUUACUUCAACCAGCAUGUCUUCAAGCUGGAGCAGGAGGAGUACCAAAAGGAGGGUAUCCAGUGGAAGAACAUAGACUUCAUAGACAACACUGGCUGCCUGUCACUCAUAGCCAAGAGACCUACGGGUCUGCUACAUCUGUUAGAUGAGGAAAGCAGGCUGCCCAAUGCCACCAGUGAGACUCUCCUGACAAAGUUCCAUCAGCAGCACGAGGACAACGGCUACUAUGAACGGCCCCAGGUCAACGAACCCUCCUUUGUCAUUGUGCACUAUGCCGGCAAGGUCAAGUAUCAGAUCCAGGACUUUAGAGAGAAGAACAUUGACUUGAUGAGGUCUGACAUCGUCUCUGUACUGAAGAACAGUCACAUGGCCUUUGUGAGGGAGAUCAUCAGUACGGAUCCAGUGGCUGUGUUCCGCUGGGCCAUCCUUCGUGCCUUCUUCAGAAGUGUGUCCGCCUUCCGCAAUGCCGGGAAGAGAUGGAAAGCAAACCAAGGCAAGCCCAGACCGGCUCCCAGGGUCAGACCCAGUCCCCGCCUCCGCUCCACCUCCAGCCUGUCAGAGGUGUCUGACGAUGAAGAAGUGCCUACCAGUCCCCUUAGCCCUGCACUCCCUGAAGAUGACUUCAGCUCUCCCACAAAUAAAGCCCUGACCCCCAGAAGCAGCCCUUACUCCACCCCCGAGGCCGGCAGUCGCCACACCAGCACUGGCCACCCGUCCAGGAGAGAGAGCGGCUCUCUGUUUGAACAGGAGGGUCUGCUGUAUUCCACGACGGACCCAAACACCGCCAAGGUGUUGCGCAGAGCUGCCAACAUUCUCAUGAAGAACAAAUCAUUCCGUCAUGGCAGGCCCCACAAGUGUUUACGAGACUUGCGCAGUGUGAAAACCAUAGUACGAAGAGAGGGAAAGCCGUCGUCAACGCUGAGAAAAGCGCCGGCCACUGUCAGCGCGCAGUUCUCUGUGUCUCUCAGCAAGCUGAUGGAGACUCUGAACCAAGCCAAGCCCUUCUUUGUCAGAUGUAUCAAGUCCAACUCCGAUAAGGCCCCCUGCAAGUUUGACUCCCAGCUGGUGUUACGACAGUUGAGAUACACGGGGAUGCUGGAGACGGUUCGCAUCCGACAGUCCGGCUACAGCGUGCGGCUCACAUUCCAGGAAUUUGCUCACCAGUAUGCGCUACUUCUGAAGAGGGGGAACGAGAGUACUAAGGAGGACAUUGCUGAGUUUCUACAUUCUAUGGAGCUGGACGACAGACACUACCAGAUGGGAGAGUCCAAGGUGUUCCUGCGGGAGAGUGAGAGACUGAAGCUGCAGGAAGCCCUGCAUGAGGAGGUGCUGCGGAGAAUACGGGUCAUCCAGGUGUGGAUGAGGGGCAUGCUGCAGCGCAAGAUGUACCUGAGGAUGAAGGAGUCGGUCAUCAAGAUUCAGAGGAACAUCAGAGCGUGCCUUGCCCUGAGAAGGCUGCUAGCUCAGCAGCAGGAGAAGAGAGCGGCCAUCUCCAUCCAGAGCCAGUGGAGAGGUCAUAGGGCACGGCGGAAAUGUGGGGAGAUACGGAGGGAGAGACGAGCGCAGGAGCAGGCCACAAGGGAGAUGGAAGAGGCCAAGAGAAGGGCACAAGAAGCGAUAGAAGAAGAGAAGGCCCGACAGAAAGCAGAAGCUGCAGCAGAGAUACAGACACCCCCGCACAUCAAUGGUUCCAUCUCACCACAGCUGCAGAGAAAACUUGAAAGUCCCAAGUAUCGAGUCUCCCCAGAAGUCCACAGACCCCCCAGCCCUCCGCCCUUCUCUUUGAACCCCUUGUUGUCUGUCCGGACUGAUGCCAGCUUAUUCACCAGAAGAGCAGCCCAGUCUUGCUAUGUUGGAGUGCAAACUGGCACCUCUGUCAGUUACCACAGUCCAGAGUACCACAACACUCAAGGAUACCACGGUGCAAGACACCACCAUAGUCUUGGGUACCACAAUCCAAAACCUCGGGGUCUCAGACACCACGACCCGAGACCCCGUAACCUUGGAUACCGUUCCUAUGGUGAUCCUGCCUUGCACAGUUACAUACGCACACCAAAACCAUACAAACAGCAAGACAGUAGGAGACAGUACUCAAAAAGGGGUUCUGCAGAUGCUUUAAGUGCUGGUUCUGCUUUCAACGGGCAGCUAGAAAACAUACCAUUUAUUGACGAGGAUGCUUCUCCUGUGUCCCCGGAGCCAGACGAUACUGAAGUGAAAGCUGAAGAAGACAAGCCACUGCAGAAUGAAAGAAGGCCCUCGGCCUCUGGCAGUAGUAACUCGGGCUCUCCCAGGAGGAAGCCUCCGCCAGUCCUGCCCAAACCAAGUUCCAAACAUGUGAUAUCUUCACUGGCAUCUAAAGAGGAUAGUCAAGAACCCAGACCACGGUUGUCUUCCAGUGUGAAAGAUGUGGCCAAACAGUUUGAGGAGAGAAUAUCUCCUGCGGAGGAGCCCCCAGUGAUGAACAGGGCCAUCCGCAAAAGUGCUUCUCUUCCAGCAACAACAGUCCUAGCUGUGCAGACAGCUGAUGAAGAGGAGCCCGGAGCCGGACUCCUGGGGUCGCCCUCGUCCUCCACCCCCAGACUGACCUCCCCCACCCAGACCAAGGCCGCGCUCAAGCUCCACCUCUCCGAGGACAACAUCACCAACCUGGAGAGGGUCCUGUCCGAGAAGAAGGCCAAGAUUGACAGCGGGCAGUCCCCCCUGCUGGAGACGCCCACCUCCUCCCCGAGCACCAUCUCCUCGGAGAUACAGACCAUCACCAAGAAGCUGAGGAAGAAGUUCCUGGCGCCAAGAAAGAGGAAACCAUCCAACCUGACCUCAGACGAAGAGGACAGCCUCAAGACACCAGAGUCAAUUGGAGUGGCAGUGCUGCCGCCUUUCUGUCCAACCGCUGACGAUAACGCGCCGCCGCCGCACCACGACUUGAAAACGACGAGCCUGAGCAAGGCUGUUGAAUGUGGUGCAUGUGGCAAGAAUGUAGUCAAGGAGGGGUCAAAGUGCAACGUCUGUAACCAAGUGUUCCACGACCGCUGCUGUAUGAAGGCUCUGACGUGCUAUCCCAGCGGGAGCAGCAAACAGAAGAAACGCUCCAAAGCGGUGGCUGAAACGGAGAGGGUCCCCAGCCCCGCCACAGGGAUGAACCUUAAGGGUGCUUCUCUAGAAAACGUGCCGACCAACGUGGUCAUCAGUAAUGCUUACGACCUCAGGCAGAUUGAUGCAUUCCUCUUGAAGAAGAUCAAUGACAUGAAUCAAGAUGAUGGGCGGAGGGAUACGAUCGUGGAUGUUGUGUUCAAGAAGGCCAUGAGGGAGUAUCACAGUGACCUAAUCACCACGUAUUCUGCUGCAAUAUCGACCAAUGAAGAGGUGACCCUGCGGUACAAGGACCUGAUCUCCAAGUUUGAGAAGGUGCUGGAGAACGUUGUGAGUAAAGAGAAGACCAGUGCCAAAUUCCCGGUCACCCUGGGGAUCAACGCCUUCAGGGGCUUCCUGGACGAGUUUGUCAGGAACUACAACCCAGGGGAGAAGCAAGUCAACAAGACAAGCCCCGUUCGGUACAAGAGGAGGAAAAAGGAUGAUUCAUUUUCUUUCAAUGGUCACAGAUACGAGACAGUCCAGUUCAACAUUGCCACGUUCUGUGAGCAGUGCUCCAACCUCAUCAAGUCUGGGUCAAAGGGCAUGCUGUGCCAAUUAUGCAAGUUUGCUUGCCACAAGAAGUGCUACCAGAAGUCAGGACAUUUCUGCAAAGGAUUCCUAUAUAGAAAGAAUAGGAAUUCUGGCUCGUAUGAGGACCAGUACUUUGGCGCAGACAUCUCCACGCUCCUGCCAGAAGGGCGGAAGGUUCCGGUGCUGGUAGAGAAGUGCAUCAGCUUUGUGGAGAAGGAGGGGCUGUACACCGUGGGCAUCUACAGAAAAUCGGGCGCUGCGGCAAAGAUUAAACAGCUGAGGGACGCGUGCAAUGCAGACGUAGACGCAGUUGACAUGGAGGCCUACCCCAUCCAUGUGGUCUGUAACGUGCUGAAGCUGUUCUUCCGAGAGAUGGCCGAGCCGCUGCUGACCUACGCCCUGUAUGAAGACUUUCUCAGAUGUACAGUGAAGAAGACAGCAAGGGAAAAGGAAGCCAAAACACCUGAGAUGACAGAGGAGGCCAGAAGUGAAACAAUUCGUGCCAUCUAUGACAUCAUCGACAGACUCCCCAAGCCAAACCACGACACGUUUGAGAGACUGGUGUUCCACUUAGCAAGGGUUGCGUACCAUGAGGACUCCAACCUGAUGACUCCCAACAGCCUGGCUAUUGUCUUCACCCCGUGUAUCCUCCAGACCAACAAAGAGCUGUCCCCGCUGGAGAGCAUGCAGCACAUCUCCAAAACAACAAUGUGUUUGGAGCUGGUCAUCAGUGAGCAGCUGAAGAAGAUGCGUUCCACCCUGACAGACAUCAACACCCUGGAGUCUGCCGAGAUCUCAGCGUGCAAACGACUCACCACUCUACGCAGAUCCAUGCAUAACCUACAGGCCCCACAUGCGACCAUAGAGGAGGAUGACCUGGAGGAUGUGGCGGAUGAGAUGGAUGUGGUGGAGAAUGGGGAGGUGCAGAUACAUGUGCUGGAACAGAACAUCAGAUCACUGCAGGAUGAGAAGGAACAGUUGACAGCCCAGCUGCCCUGCCUGGAGCUGAGACACGGCAGCUCGGACGAUGACAACCUGAGUUCUGACGACCAGCUGUCGCACGACUUCAGCCUCAGUGAGCUGGACGCGGGGAACGAGGAGUAUGCCGUGACCUUUGACCUGCCAGUGAGUCCUCCCCAAGGUCUGGUGCACUUCACCAAGCUGCGAUCGACAGGACCGCGGAGGCAGCGCCCCGAACGGUACAGCAGUCGGAUAUUCCGGCGCCCGGCACCGUCCAAACGUAGCAGCCUGGCGAGCUCGCGGUCGCUCUCGCGGUCGGAGGAGGAACUGAUGAUCAUGUCGCCACCGGUGUGGAGAUGGGCGCGGGAGGAAGCGGUCGGUCCCGGCGGAGAAAUGCAGGUCACGGAGGGGAAAAUCUUCAUAGAGAGCGAAGCAAUUUAUGUGUAAAAACGUAGAUUUAAAGUGUCCGUGUUCAGCUCUUUUGUUUCAUGAGUUACAACUCGUGUUCUGUUGAAGACUUAGCUAAUUUAGUAGGUACAUGCACAAUCAUGUAUUUCAUGUGUAUUACAGAAGACACUACACAGGCAUUACUUCAAUUCGUAUGAGAAAGGAAUUGGUUCUCAUACUGUUGUGUAGCCAGCAAAGACCUAGUCUUUUUGUCAAGAGAGUUGCCCACUCAGUUCCUUCUGUUUUUAAAGGUAGUGACAAAAAUACCUAUUUCGGUUUUCUGAAUGUUGUUGAUUUUAGCAGUAUUGUGGGCGUCAAUAGCGAGCUGCAUCAUUCAUGUUUUGUGGCUGAGAAAGCCCAUUCGAUACAUUCCAUUUCAGAACAGUUAGUCAUCACCUCAAACACAAAAAACAAGUUCGGCUGACUUAAUGUACCAUUGACCACUUUAUUUUCUGUAGGAUUGAAUACUAAAAAUGACCUUAGAGUAGAAUUUGAAAACAGUAAAAAGGUCACAAUAAGGAAGGCUCAGAAAGGAGAUCAUGGGCAUAUAUUAGGAAUAUAAGGACAUAAGAAUAUGGUAAAAACAUACAUGAACGACAUAUUCAGUUGCUAGUACAUACAAUCAUCGGGAGUAUGUGGUAUUUCUACACAGGCAGGUGUUUUGGUAUUGACAUUUGUGAUUUUUAUCACACACCUGUACUAGUGAACCCUUUUGUUUGUGCAUGUUACAACUGCCAAUGUAGAACCCUUUUGAGACAUCUCCAUGUACAUGUAUGUUAGUUGCCAUUCCCAUAAAAGUACUUACACAGAAAUGUGUCUGGUUUGGUGACUUCAUCACAUAUACACUUGCAGGAACGUGUACUUUGGGACAAAAUAUGGAUAUCUAGCAUUGUUUGUUCCAUAAUUCUAUGUUGCAAGAUGCAUAUGUACAAUAUUGAGGACUUGAAUUUCUGCAUCUGCUACUUCCAAUGUAACCUUGAACCUGUAUAACAGGUGUGCCAAGAAGCUGACGAUUCUAAAGAUGAUUCUUCGCUGUUGUUCAUGUUAUUACUGUUCCGUUCUAUUCUGUUGGACCCUUUGUCUGUUGUCUUUGGUCAUGUAUGGAGCCAUUGCACUUAAAACAGAGGUACAAAAACCAGUUUGUAACAAAAUAUACUACAAUCCUUCGGAGCUUUUCUAAAUUUCCACAUUUUGAUACCUUGCUACUUUUGGUAUGGGUAACGAUUUUUGGUCCAGGGGGUUGUAUGUCACUGUCUUUAAGAUAUUUUUGUAUAAUUUGCUACUGUAGCUCUAAAAGCUAUUAUGUAGAGAAACUGCUUGAAAAAAUGUAUGAAACUUUCAUCAUAUAGUGAAAGAUGUUUAUAGAGAUUAUAAUGGCCAUGCAUGCACAUAUACAGCUUACCACCCCAUGUACUCUAGUAUUAGAGUGGUUAAGUCUAAAUUGCUAUCUGAGAAAAUGAUGUUUGAUUUAACCUUUAGCCAUCUAAGGGUGCUGCAUGGCAUCACAUUUCUGUUGAUAAGUGCAAGAUUUAGGUGCUAUAUGUUAAGUCACUUGUUGGUUCUUCAAAAUUGUACCACUUAAAAGUGAGUUUAAAAAAAUAUGUUCAUGUAUAUCGUCCAGAGCUUGAGAAAUAGUGUGACUAAUAGUAAUAGUAGAAAUUAGUAAAUUGCUGCCGUUAUUUUGUUUAAUGGGUCUAUGAUGAAGUAUAUAUAUGUAGGACAAGUACCAUGAUAUGAUAGUGUUCUCUGGUCGUAUACAACAUGUAUAUGGUUCAGUUGACAGCUUUCUCACUGUCCAUUAUAUAGAUUGCCUAUAAAAGAUAUAUAUAUAUGUAGAGAAAAUGUGAUCCUUUUAUGUUGUUUUUGUAGACGAUGCAAUGACAGCUUUUUUGUCAGUACUAAAGUGCCAAGGUGAGUGUGUAUCAAAAUGAGCAUCUUACUUAAGCUUUUGGUGCAAUCUAGUGGCAAAUCUUGGUAUUCAACUGGUCUCUAGUUCGUUCUAUGAUGUUUUUUGUUAGAUCUCAUGAACCAGACUGGUGUCUGUGUACUAUUCUAAGUGCCCUUUUGUACUAAGAUAUGUAAAGAAUAUGCUAAUGUAAAGAAAAAAUUGUUCUGCUAUGAGAAUGUAAUAAAAUGAUUCUUGGAUGCACAGUAUUGCAA